AUCCUAUAUAAACCCCUACCCAUUUCCUCAUAAUCAUAACCUCGAACCACUAUAGCAUCUCUCUUUCUCACUUUCCAAAAUGAGUCUCUUCAAAAAAUUGUCCAUUUCCUUCUACUUUUUUGUCACUCUUUGUAUUGUCUUCGCUCAUGCAGCCCGAUUUGAUAUUACAAACAAUUGUCACUACGUAGUUUGGGCUGCAGCCGUGCCUGGUGGUGGCAGGCAGCUCAACCCACAAGAGUCUUGGCCCCUUGAUGUCAACGCUGGCACAACCGGGGGCCGCGUUUGGGCUCGAACUGGGUGCAAUUUUGAUGGAUCCGGGCAUGGCAGUUGUCAGACUGGUGAUUGUGGUGGGCUUCUUCAAUGCCAAGCCUAUGGUGCACCCCCAAACACCCUUGCCGAAUUCGCUUUAAACCAAUAUCAAAACCUGGAUUUCUUUGACAUCUCUCUUGUUGAUGGGUUUAAUGUUCCUAUGGAUUUUAGUCCAACCUCUAAUGGGUGCACCAGAGGAAUAAGAUGUACAGCUGAUAUCAAUGGGCAGUGCCCAGCUGAAUUGAAAACUUCUAGCGGGUACUGUAACAACCCUUGUACUGUUUUCAAAACCGAUGAAUAUUGUUGCAAUUCUGGGAGUUGUGGACCUACAACCUUUUCCAAUUUUUUCAAGAAUCUGUGCCCAGAUGCUUACAGUUAUCCUAAGGAUGAUAAAACAAGCACAUUUACUUGCAAUGGUGGGACUAACUAUAAGGUUGUGUUUUGCCCUUGAAGCAGCUCUUUCCUCUGGCACAAGUAUAAUAGGCACAACACUAGUAGCUAGUAUGUACGUAAUAAAAGCUUGAGGGCUUGUGAGCAUAUGCAGUAUUGUGCACGCCGUAUAGGUUGCUAUAAGGUAGUUAAUAUCUACCCUUGAAGCAGUUCUUUCUUCUGGUACAAGAGGCUUGGAACUACCAACCAAUAGUAUUAAAUAUUAAUAACUGGGUUAAUAAAAGCUUGAGGGCUUUUAAGCAUAUGCAGUACCAUAUAUGUUGUAUUUUACGUAUUCAUGUUAGGUUGUAGCAAAUUUUCUAUGAUGAAAGAUAUGGCGAUAUCAACGCUUAUAACCUCCA